AUGCCUGAAGAUUUUCCUUGCCUUCCCUGCCCGACAUCAGGGAAUUUCACCUUCAUCCUUCUUUUCCUGUUUAUUGUGAAAAAUUGUUAUGUCGUCGACUUUCUAUCCCCAAUGGACAAUUUUUAUUCUGCCUUGAUCGAUGAAGAACUGCAUUUGGAAGAGGAUGCACUUCGCACAAAAGAACAAGAGCUUCUUGCUUCCAUUAUUCUGCCUUCCUCGGUUGAGGUUUUGGUUCCUGUGGCAGAAGCCUCCAGCUCUCAGGUGGUUCCUGAGGCUUCUGAGGGUCCUCCUACAGAAAUUCCUGUUAUUCCUUUGCUAACUGUUUCUUCGCCGAUGGCUGUUGCUUCUCCAGCAGCCACUUCCCUUCCUAUUAUCGAGCUUACAUCCCCGGUAAGCUCAGAAAAAUCCUUAGCUGAAGUUGCUCCCAACAAACGCCCGGGACGCAAACUUACUAGGGCUCCUCCCUCCAAAAGGAGACUUAUCCUUCCCGCCGACGACCUUGUUUCAGAAGGUUUUGUUCUUGCUGACCUUCCUUCUGAUGAACCUACUUUGGCUGAGCUUUACCCUUCUCUCAUUUUUCCUGCUUCACCCUCUUCCGGUACUAGUGCCCCUGGUGCUGUUUCUUUCACUUCUCCCUUGUCUAUUCCAGAAUCUGGAUCUCUACCCUCCUCGCCAUCUUCUUAUCUAGUUUUUGCUCCUCCUUCUAUUCUAACUUCCUCUUUCUCCGUGGGUUCUUCUACCAUUCCCGUCCUCCAUAUACUGCUGGGAGGUUCCUUUGCUAGUGCUUAG